AAAAUUUAAACCGGCCAUGCAGUGGUAUUCCGUGUUUGUUUGGUUGGGAAUAAAGAUUUCAGGAUAGAUACAACAGACAUAAAUCUGAUCAAGGGUCGCCGUUAGAUUAAAUAAAAACUCUGCGCUUAAUGUAUUAGAGGUUUGACAAUCAUUUAUAAGAUGUCAAAAGCAAAGGAUAAAGAACAGGCUUGUGACGCACACAAGCAUGAACUCGCUGUAUCUGUAUGUAUCAAACAUCACAAUUUAUUGUGCCUAGAUUGUAUUUUGCAUAAGAAAAAGACUGACUGUGACCUCAAGAUUAUAGAAAAGCUCUUACCGGCCGAACGACACUUGUAUGAACUUUUGAUCAUUAAGAAGAGUAUUGUCGAAAAGAAGCGGAACAUUGAUACUCAUGCAGAAUCGGUUCAGGAGAAAAGUAAGGAACUCAGAGGAGAAAUCAAAGCACAUACUGAGAGGUUAAUUCAAGAGAUCAAAGAAUGUGAAGUCAAAACUGCUAGAGAGGUAGAGCUGCAAUCAAAAAUUCUUUUGGAUCGGGAUAAAGAAGAAAUCCGCAAAAUCAAAUCUCUAGAAGAUGAUGUUUUGAAAAAGAUUGGAGCUAUCAACACAAUAGACAACGAGGCUUUCGAAUCAGAAAUCGAACAACUGCAUGAGCAAGAAGAAAAUGUAAUGAACCUAGCUGAUCUGGAAGUCUUGUCCCGAUAUAUUGAAACAUUGACAAUUACCAAUGUCAAUGACAACGGCUGCUCAGGUAAGAUCGAGAUAUUUGAUUUUAAUAAACAGGAUGACUACCUCGGUCCAUUGUCAAAAGACAAACAGAGCACUCACAAAAACAGUAGUAAAGGAGCAGAAAACAACCCGAGCGAAGAUGAGGUUAAAUCACCUCCUCCUGUUGGGCCAAAGCCUACCAAAACCAUGAAUAGACAAGCAAAAGAAGCAGCAGUCACAGGAGAUACAACAGAAGCGGCAGUAUCAGAUUUUGUUCCAUUACCAGAUGCUGUUUCUAAGAAAAAGAGUUGGCUACCCUUUCAAAGUAAUAAAGGAAGCCGAGGUAAAGAUGAGGAAGAUCGCCAAAUUAAAUCAAAAGAUCAAUUGAAGCCAAAGGGUAUUCCGGACUUUUCAUCAUUAAAAGACAGGGAACUUCAAUUGAGUCAACUUGGGUCGAAAAUGGGAUUAAUUAAAAUAAGAAGCAUAGCUGUGACAGGAUCGUAUCAGUUUGUGUUGCUUGAUGAACAUGGUAAACUGAUGUUGACGGAUAUAACAGGUCAUAUAAAUGACAGUAUGAAACUCAAAACAAGUGAUAUGCCGUACAUAACAUCAUAUGGCAGUCAUUCUGUAGCCAUGUUUCAAAACAGAGAACAAACCAUUAACAUUGUGAAUUUUAACAACGGUAAACUGAUGAAAGCUAAAGCGUUGUCAAAACUGAAACAAAGGGUAACAGUCACAGGGUUUGAUUAUCAUGAAGACACUCAUACAUUUGCGAUAAGUGGAUAUGAUGGUGACAAAGGGUGCUUGAUUAUUGUUCAUAUUGACAAACAAAGUCAGGAAGAGUGUCACAAAUUCGACAUGCGAGUGUUUUUGAAACCGAGUCCGAACGAAAAUGAUGUGCACAAAACGGUGUAUGAUUUCCAAAAUGAGGCAAUUUACGUUUUGAAUGUCACUAAUAAGACCCUGAAGCGCUUUGAUUUCUCUACGAACAGUUUUAAAUGGAAACGAAAAAUACACGAGGAAAGUUUUAGUCCCCAACAAAUGACAGCUGACUCAAGCAAAUUGUAUGUGACGAGCAUGAACUGUGUCGUUGUGUUUGAAAAGGAAACCGGAGAUUCAAACCAAUCUCUACAGGCAGAUAAACUAGGGAACGACGUUCUGAAUGCGAUUUGCCUUAUACUAAAUGAGCGCUUAGUGGUUGCCUCGUGCGUUUCCGAAGAUCCUCAAAAAGCAGCGACCCUCGUGUUUCUUGAUAUUUAAGUAGAUAAAAGAUAUCCAACCGAAACGCGAAACCUACCUAUCAUGCUUGCUUUGAUAUGGAUCUUUUAUUGACAUCAAAAAAUGAAAAACACCACCGAUGCCCACGAGCACAAACUAGAAUUUUAUUCCAUUUUAAAUCAUAUUAAGUCAGAUUCUGAAGUAUUCUGCUUUAUGUGGAUAUGAUUUGGGAAUUUAUUAGUGGUGAUUUUUGUCAUUAUAUUGUUCGAAAACCUAAAAACAAACCUGCUGUUUUAAGGACUUCAAAUCCUAUCUUUAAAUAUUAACGAAUUCCCAAAUUCGUUUCAAGUGGCAAACGGAAUAAUGGCAUAUUGAGCAAACGCAUUUAAUGUGUGUCCUGUCUGUAUUGUUCAACUGUACGUGAUCUUGACACAUGAUCCGGUCCGAGGGAGAUUUGGUUCUAAAAACGUUAAAAUCAUUUGUAUAUAUUAUCUGCUUAUAAGCAAUUCAACCCUUAUGUUAUUGUUGUUUUGAAUUGACUUCAUACACUCAUUGUCUCGAUAUAUCUUAAAUCUGUUUUAUUUACAUAUCUUCAUUAUCAUCACUUCAUAUCAUAACACACAUACUAAAGUUACUUUUUAAUGAA